AUGGCUCCUGAAAAUUUCACCAGGGUCACUGAGUUUAUUCUCACAGGUGUCUCUAGCUGUCCAGAGCUCCAGAUUCCCCUCUUCCUGGUCUUCCUGGUGUUCUAUGUGCUGACCAUGGCAGGGAACCUAGGCAUCAUCACCCUCACCAGUGUUGACUCUCGACUUCAAACCCCCAUGUACUUUUUCCUGCGACAUCUAGCUAUCAUCAAUCUUGGCAACUCUACUGCCAUUGCCCCUAAAAUGCUGAUUAACUUUUUAAUAAAGAAGAAAACUACCUCAUUCUAUGGAUGUGCCACCCAACUGAGAGGGUUCUUGUUCUUUAUUGUAUCGGAGGUAAUGAUGCUGGCAGUGAUGGCCUAUGACUGCUAUGUGGCCAUUUGUAACCCUCUGCUCUACAUGGUGGUGGUGUCUUGGCAGCUCUGCCUCCUGCUGGUCUCCUUCACAUACCUGUAUGGCGUUUCUACAGCUAUUGUGGUUUCAUCUUGUGUAUUUGUGUCUUAUUGCUCUUCUAAUAUAAUCAAUCAUUUUUACUGUGAUAUUGCACGUCUGUUAGCAUUAUCUUGCUCUAAUACUUACUACGUACCAGAAACAAUAGUCUUUAAAUUUGCAGCAACAAAUUUGUUUUUUUCCAUGAUUACAGUUCUAGUAUCUUAUUUCAAUAUUGUUUUGCCCAUUCUAAGGAUACGUUCAUCAGAAGGAAGGAAAAAAGCCUUUUCCACCUGCGCUUCACAUAUGAUAGCAGUCACAGUUUUCUAUGGGACAAUGCUAUUCAUGUAUUUGCAGCCCCAAACCAACCACUCAUUGGAUACUGAUAAGAUGGCUUCUGUGUUUUACACAUUGGUGAUUCCUAUGCUGAAUCCCUUGAUCUACAGCCUGAGGAAUAAUGAUGUAAAGGUUGCCUUAAAGAAAUUAAUGGAAAAUCCAUGUUACUCCUUUAAAUAA